CGACAACCUCAAUAUUCUUCCAAUCACUCCGGAAAUCAUAAAAAGAAAAGGCAAAAUGACAACCCGCAAGCGCAACGAAUUUCUCGACCCCAUCUCCGACGAAGAUGAAGGCAGCGAAGCCGGUUACGACUCUGAAGCUGCGGAGGAGACGAAAGGCCGGGGUAUGAAGCGGCGACGGACGGAGCCAAAGCGCGGGUUUUUGGAUGCUAGUGGGGACGAAGAUGAGGAAAGAGAAUCUGACCCUGGGGUAUCGGAUGACGAAGAUGAGAAGAUUUCGCGAGCGAGGAAGGGCAAGGGGAAGACCAAGCGCAAAACCGAUGACGAUGAUGAGGACCAGGACGACGACGAUGAAUACGGAGAACAACGCGAAAGCGAAGGAGAUGCCAAAUACCUCGACGCAACAACAACAAUCACGAAAGCCGAGAAACCCCUAAAACCCAAACCCCUCGACAAAAGCAAGCCUCCUAAAAAGAACAAAACCGGCGUCAUCUACUUCUCUAGCCUCCCUCCCUAUCUGCGUCCCUUUGCUUUAAAGGGGCUCCUAGAGAAAUACGGUUUCUCACCCAUAACAAGAGUCUUCCUAAAUCCUUCCAUACCCUCCGCCUCCGCGCCGCGGCGCCGCUCCAACAAGCGCAAAACCUACUCCGACGGAUGGGUGGAAUUCGCAUCCAAGAAGACCGCGAAGCUAUGCGCGGAGACGCUAAAUGCGAACAUCGUGGGCGGGAAAAAGGGUGGCUGGUAUCAUGAUGAUGUGUGGAAUAUGAAGUAUUUGAGGGGGUUUAAGUGGGCGGAUUUGAUGGAGCAGGUACAGCGGGAGAGGAGUGAGAGGGAAGCGAAGAGGAGGGUUGAGGAUGCGAGGGCGAAGAAGGAGGAGAAGGUGUUUGUGGAGGGGGUUGAGAAGGGGAGGGUUUUAGAUGGGAUGGCCAGGAAGAGUGAGGAAAAGAAGAGGAGGAUGCCGGAGGUGGAUGUACCUGAGGAGAAGGUGCAGGAGCGAGGGAAUGUUGAUGAGGGGGGGAAGAAGGGGAAUGUUCGGAGGCUGUUUAAGCAGAAUGAGGUUAAGACGCCAAGGGAUAGGAUCGAGAAGGAUGAUGGUGCUGCUGCGCUGGGGGAGGAUACGAAGAGGGUGUUGGGGAAGAUUUUCUAAUGCCUUUCAUCUACUUGUGUACAGAGUUCUUAUUGUUAUGGAUAUAGUAUUGCAUGUAACCACUGAUUCAAUGCUGGAUAUGUACU